AUGGCAUUAUUUUUCAAAAGAUUAUUGUAUCGAAUUAACCCUCACAAUGAAACAAUAGAAUAUGUACAAUCGAAUCAAUUGGGCGUACCCGAUAUUAUAGCGAAACAUAUCCUAUCAUUCCUACCACCAACCAAAGACACCAUCAAAAAAGUAUCACGUGUCUGUCGGUACUGGUUCAUCAACAUUGUACCCUAUUCACUCUUUUCCUCUAGUGAAUACAUAGAAUUUACUUCAUCAAAUAUCUUUAUUCUAUUUUAUCAUCAUGUAUUACAAAGUUUAAUUCAAAAAGAUAGUAGAUCUUCUUCAUCUUCUUCAUCCUCCUCUUCAUCCUCUUCAGAUAAUAGACCAAUAAUGAGUUUAAAAUGUACAAGUAUAACAAGUGAUACAAGACAACAAAUGAUGAAAUCGUUAUCAAAGAUGGGAGUGGAAGUGACACCAAGACUAGAUGUUCGUAUCCCACUUUCACACGGGUUGGCCAUCAUCGAUUCAUAUCAUGACUAUAACGCCAAAGCACGACAAUUAAAGAGGUUAUACCAACCCUACGCAGACUCUAACAACUAUGAACUAAUGGAUCUGGUCGAGUUGGAUGAUGAGGUCAGCAAAGAAGAGGAAGAAGUGUCUGGACCAAUCCCAUCGUGUAUAAAUAAUAGUUUAGAGUUUCUUUCAUUGAUAUGCUCGUAUGAAGUAUAUGCAUUGUUGUCGAGACAAAUGUCAAAUGUGAAAAGACUGGAAUUGGCUGUAAACGAUAGAUUCUUUUUUAGAACUACUCGAUCAGUCUCGUGGACAAACAACAACCCGAUUGCAUUCGACCCGUCUCUACAUGACCAUUAUUACGAUGACAUAAACGACGAGGUCAUCUACAUGGUCAAGAAUCAAGAUACAAAAUCGUUUGAACAGGUCAAUGGGUUUGGGUCUCCUUUACGAUGGGACAUUUUCAACAAAUUAAACGAGUUGGUUGUGUUUGGUGGAUUAGAGGUUCGAAGUAACCUAGUGACUAACCGUUACAUCACACAAGAUGUGGUAUCCAGACUACAAGUACUCGAGAUUUAUAAUUUCACAUUUACCAAUGACGAGUUGAUCAUGCUUUUCGAUUGGUUUAGAGGUCAGAAAAUAGUAAUCAGUGUCACCUAUCUUGCUGCCAUCGAUACUAUUCUUUCUCUACUAUCCAAUCACCCAACCAUCGAAUCUGCACAAUUAAUAGGUUCAUCAAUUGCAUUGGUUCAUAAUUUCAAUAGUCUUAUCGACUUGCUGUACCCAUUCCUACAUCAAGACAAUUGCAGUGGUCUAAAAUUCCUUUCGCUAGUAACUACACCAAAUUUACAUGGAAAAUUUGCAAAAUCAUUUUAUGAUCAACUAUACAACAAUCAAAAUAGAGAAUAA